AACUCUCGCUUAUGAAUUUGAACAUCAUUUGAUCAAAAUCACAAACAAAAAAUGAUGCCUCUACGCUUAUAUUUGACAAUUGUACUAAUAGCAAUUGCAUUUUCAUUUACAUCUUUUGCAAUUGAUACAAGUCCUCAUGAAGAUAAUUUCCUUCAAUGUCUCUAUAGUUAUUCACAUAACAUAACUUCAAUCUCUAAAGUUGUGUACACAAAAACCAAUUCCUCUUACUCAUCAAUACUCAAAUUUUCAAUUCAAAACCUCAGAUUUGCAACCAAUGAAACACCAAAACCCCUUGUCAUUAUCACACCUACACAAAUUUCCCAUAUUCAAACAGCCAUAAUCUGUUCCCAACACCAUGGCAUGCAAAUUCGAAUUCGUAGUGGUGGCCACGACUUCGAGGGUCUCUCCUUUGUUUCAAAUGUUCCUUUUGUAAUCAUUGAUCUCACAAACUUUAGAGGAAUUGAUGUAGAUGUAGAAAACAGAACUGCUUGGGUUCAAUCUGGUGCAACCCUUGGUGAACUUUACUACAAAAUUGCCCAAAAAAGCAAAACUCUUGGUUUCCCUGGAGGUGUUUGUCCUACUGUAGGUGUUGGUGGACACUUCAGUGGUGGUGGCUAUGGAACCUUGUUGCGUAAAUACGGUCUUGCGGCCGAUAACGUCAUUGAUGCUCACAUAAUUGAUGUGAAGGGUAGGUUUCUUGACAGAGAAGCAAUGGGUGAAGAUUUGUUUUGGGCUAUUAGAGGUGGUGGAGGAGCAAGUUUUGGUGUCAUAGUUUCAUGGAAGAUUAAACUUGUUCAAGUUCCAUCAACUGUAACGGUGUUUACUGUUCCAAGAACAUUGGAACAAAAUGCAACAAAGCUUGUUCACAAGUGGCAGUUUGUAGCUCAUAAACUUGAAGAAAACUUAGCCAUUAAUAUUAUCUUGCAAAGGCUAGAUUUAAAUUCAAGUAAACAAGGUGAGCCAAAGUCAACAGUACUAGCUUUAUUUCAAUCCUUGUUUCUAGGAAGUGUAGAUAACCUCUUACCCUUGAUGGAAGAAAAGUUUCCUGAACUUGGUUUGGUUAGAGAAGAUUGUGUUGAAAUGAGUUGGAUUGAAUCAGUUCUUUACCUUUUUCGGUUUCCAGAAGGCGAACCACUUGAAACGUUGCUCAACAGAACACUAGCUGCAAAGGAUAAUUCCAAAGCGAAAUCUGAUUUUGUCAAAAUUCCUAUUCCUGAAACUGGUUUAGAAGGAUUAUGGCCUUUGUUUGAUGAAGAUGGUGCGGAAGAUGUACUAAUGGUAUUGUUUCCUUAUGGUGGCAUAAUGGAUAAGAUUUCAGAAUCUGAAAUUCCAUUUCCACAUAGAUAUGGAACCUUAUACAAAAUUCAAUAUGCAGUGCACUGGCAUCAAGAAGGUGAUGAGGUGGAAAAGUUGCACAUCAAUUGGAUUAGAAAACUUUAUAGUUAUAUGGAACCUUUUGUUUCAAAGUCUCCAAGAGCUGCAUAUAUUAAUUAUAGAGACCUUGAUAUUGGGGUGAAUAACAUUAAUGGAUACACAAGCUACAAGCAAGCUAGUAUUUGGGGUGUUAAGUACUUCAAGAACAACUUCAAAAGAUUGGCAAAAGUGAAGACAAAAGUUGAUCCUCUAAACUUCUUCAGAAAUGAACAAAGUAUACCUUCUCAUGUGUCCAAGGGACGCAAAUAGAAUUUCUUGGAGCUCAAAAGGUCAUAGUAAUAAAAUACAAGCUGCUUUGUUAUUUCUCAAUGAUAGUUAUCUUUUAUAUGUGUACUUUUAAUUUAUACUCAUACUUAAGAAAGGAAUGAAUGAAUGCUUAUAGAUUAGCAGUGGCAGAUUCAUAAGCUUAUUGUAAAAUGUUGAGAAGUAUGGAAAUUCCCAACAAAUAGAAAAAUAAAAUGAUAGAAAGGUUUAUUUUGGAAUUGAUAGUAUGAAGAAGCUUAGUCAA